CUUUUUCGAUAAACCCGCGGUCACACUGGUCAGUCGGGAAACAAAACAAUCAUUUUAUAAUUAUUCCGACUAUUCCGAUUUAGAUGCACCAAUUAAAAAUGAAUUAGCCCGGAAAAACGAGCAUACAAUCUUGCACAAUGAUUGACGCGGCGUCUGCCGAGCUGGCCAGCCACAAAUUGAAUGCACAAUUUGAUGACAAUCUUAAACUGGCGCACGAAGAGGAGAAAAUAAACCAUGUCAAUGGGAAAGAUGCGCCAAAACCGACACCACCGCCAUCGGACAUACCCGCCGAGCUGCAGGCAUCGUAUCGAAGUCUGUUUGUCGCUUGCCAAGAACACGCCGCAUUCUUUGCCAAAGAUCACACUGAAUUUGGCCAACGCUUGCAUGCCGCCCACAUUGCCUGGCAGGACUUUAUAGUGCUUGCCAACCGACUGGUCCUGCAAAUCGAGUCCUUUGCCCAUGAGUACGACUUCGAUGAGCACACCCCAGGGAAUGGAUAUCGCAGCUUUGUUUACGUGACCAAUGCCUGCAUUUCGCAUGGCAUCAGCAUAUGCAAGCAGCUGCUGGCCACACGCACCACAAUGUUUUUCCGGAAAAAGGUGUACAUGAAGGAGGUGGAGGCCUGCUCGCAGUUGCUCUCCUCGAUAUGCACUUGCCUGCAGUAUCUGCUCAUACUGCGUCAAUGGUCGGCCAAUACUGGCGAUCUGUUUGCUUGCGGCACGCACACGGCGGAGCAGCUCUUUGAGUUGGGGGACACCAUCAAUCAGUAUUGUUUCUAUGGACGUUGCCUGGGAUUCCAGUACGGCGACUCCAUACGUGGCAUUCUACGCUUCCUGGGCAUCAGCAUGGCCAGCUACUCCGAGUCCUAUUACUCACGGGCGGAUGAUGGAACAAUUGUAAAGACAACGCGCAGCCUCUGGACCAGUGGCAAGUACCUAAUGAACCCAGAGCUGCGAGCCAGGCGCAUUGUGAACAUCUCGCAGAAUGCUAAAAUAGACUUUUGCAAGUCCUUCUGGUUUCUGGCCGAGUCGGAGCUGAUGCUCAAAUUGCCCAGCAUCGUGGGCAGCUCCAUUAAGGUGAAUCGGCUAAUCGAGCUGCCGGCGGAGCCGUUUCAGCUGCCGCGACGAAAGAACUUCAAACCGAGUGAGAAACUCGGCAGCGAUGUAAACCAGAAUCAAGGCGACGAUGAGGACGCCAUACAAUUUGUGGACAUAGCCGUGCCCAGUGCUCAUCUGGGACCCGGUCUGCCCAUUUCUGUGCGGCUACUCAGCGCCAAGCGACGCUCCGGAAUGCUAGGCGAAGGAAGGUAUCGCGGCUGGCAUAAGCCAACUCCCCCCAGUCGUUCCAUUUUGUUUCACUGCCACGGUGGUGGCUUCGUGGCUCAAUCAUCGAAAUCUCACGAGCUCUAUCUUCGCGAUUGGGCUGUGGCUCUGGACUGUCCCAUACUCUCGGUGGACUAUAGUCUAGCACCGGAGGCUCCCUUUCCGCGUGCCCUGCAAGAGGUCUUCUAUGCGUACUGUUGGCUAUUGAAGAACGCCGAGCAUCUGGGCACGACGGCUGAGCGAAUUGUGUGUGCUGGCGACUCUGCCGGUGCGAAUCUGUCCAUCGGAGUGGCUCUGAAAUGCAUUGAGCAGGGUGUGCGUGUCCCGGAUGGACUGUUUCUGGCUUACUGCCCCACCCUUGUCAGUUUUGUGCCGAGUCCGGCCCGUUUGCUGUGCCUCAUGGAUCCCUUGCUGCCGUUUGGCUUCAUGAUGCGGUGCCUGCGUGCCUAUGCCGCACCCGCCAAAGAAACUUUGCAGCAGAAUGCCAAGCAUGUGGAGGAGGUGGCCCAAAUACGCAAUGCUCCAAAGUCAUCGCUGGGAAGUGCAACCUCCAGCCGACGCACCUCUUUAGCCAGAAGUACACUCACAUCUCUGGGAGCAAAUGCCGACCCAGAUGACGAGAGCAGCGAUACGUUUGCCAGUGCCUCGGCGUCGUACCACAGCCAGACCGUGGAGCGAACCGAUAUGCCCAACAGCGAGGGCGACAACAGCUCGUGUGUGUCCUUCGAGGACGAUUCGCAGCCCAUUGUCCACUACCCUGUUGAGAUCUCAGCGGACACGCCCAAGGAUCUGGAAACCGCUGCUUAUAUUGAUCAGUUCUUGGAUAAAUAUCUCAUUGACACGGCCACCAUUGAAGUGACCGAGGAGACAACACUCCCAGCACCACAAGUGCAGUCCAAUGGCCUGGGCAAGGAUAUGACUGAUGGCAACAUUCUGGUGGAGACGGGACGAGACCUCAUUGCCAUGGAUACACUGCAGGGCCGGUGGCAAGAGGCUGUCAACAAUAUAACCAACACACUGUCGCGCUGCACAAAAUCUUACGAAAUACAUGGCAGCAGUGCCAUUAGCCCCCAGGAUGUGCGCAACAUGGACGCAUUGAUAGCCCGCAGCCCCAGCGAGGAGUUUGCCUUCGAUGUGCCCAAGGAUCCAUUCUUAUCGCCCUACUGGGCUAGCGACGACUGGCUAUCCCAACUGCCAGAGACAAAGAUUCUCACACUGAACAUGGAUCCCUGCCUCGAUGACUGCGUCAUGUUUGCCAAGAAGCUAAAGCGACUGGGACGCCAAGUGAACUUGGAAAUUCUCGAGGGUUUGCCACAUGGAUUUCUUAAUUUUACUAUGCUAUCGAAUGAGGCUAUGGAGGGAUCCAAGCACUGCAUUAAAUCAUUGCAGGCACUACUCCAGAUCACAUAAAAGCAGUCCCGCCCCAGUGCUAUUUCUACAGAUCCCCAACAGAGGUUGAACAUAAUUCCACUUGAUCCCAGUGAUGUGGCAAGAGUUAUUCGGUGUAUGGAGACCUCGCCGAAUGGUAAAUCACAAGAUGUUCUUUGCUAUGCGCACUUUACUUGCUUUAUAUUAGGUUUUUCGCAAUCUCAAGCGUUUUUUAUACACUUUUAUACGGUUUGACACAGAUUUCUGUUAUGUUUUAUACACAUACAAAUGAUAGAUAUUGUAGGUUAAGGCUUUUAGUAUAAGCAAGCCAAUUAUUGGAAGUAUUGGAAGCAUGUAAACAUGCGAUAUUUAUUACAUAUAUUACAUAUACAUAAAUGUAUGUAUGUACAUUGUACAAUGAUCUAUGUUCCAGGCACACACUCGCCAAGAGUCAUUUAAUGUAAAACGUGCCGAAUAUGUGCCUGAUACGAUAUACAUGUACCAUAUAAGCGAAUCAUUCAAAUAAUCUAACCAGUUAAGAGUUUGUGCAUACACAAUGGAGGCUAGCCAUUUAUAUACAUUCAAAUAUUCCCAAAAUAUGCUUAGUUUUCUUUGCCUGUCCCACUCUAUCUCUGAAUUACAGCCAGGUGUUUGCUAUAUUAAUUCUGUAAUCUUUCGUUUGUAAUCUCUUUAAACUAUUUCCCAGUGCAGUGUUAUACAUCUAUGCAAAUAAACGGUUAUUGCCAUUAAAUUUAA